AUGGUAAACAACUUGAACGUCCCGGCCGACAGCGCAGAACACCGCGAUCCGCCCGCGCUCAUCCAGUCCAAGAUCCAGGCGCUGGCGCUGCUCAUCCGCGGGGCGCAGCGCGUCGUCGUGUACACCGGCGCGGGCAUAUCCACCUCUGCAGGCAUCCCCGACUUCUGCGGCCCGCAGGGCGUGUGGACGCGCCAGGAGGAGGGCAUCGACGCGCGUGUGGCGAUCCCCGACACGACUAGCCCGACGCCGGCACACAUGGCGCUCGUUCGCUUGGUCGAGCUCGGCAAGGUCUCUCUUGUCGUCUCCCAGAACAUGGACGGCCUGCACCUCCGCUCGGGCAUCCCGCCCGCGCGCCUCGCGGAGCUGCACGGGAACAGGAACGUCGAGGUGUGCACGCUGUGCGGGAUGGGGUAUUUUCGUCGGUUCAGUUGUCGUUCCGAGGCAAAGGAUCAUCAGACAGGCAGGAGGUGCGACGUGUGCGCGGGCCCGCUGCGCGACAGCAUCGUCCAAUUCGGGGAAUCCCUCCCGCACGACGCGUGGGCGCGCAGCGUGGAGGAGAGCAAGCGCGCGGACUUGGGGAUUGUACUAGGCUCCUCGCUGCUCGUCUCCCCCGCAAGCGACGUCCCCCUCGCCCUCGUACGCGCCGGCACGCCGCUCGCGAUCGUCAACCUGCAGCGCACGCCCCUCGACGCCAGCGCCGCGCUCCGCCUCGGCGCGCCGACCGACGCGGUCAUGGCCGGCGUGCUGCGCGCGCUGGGGGAAGACGUGCCCGCGCCGCGCGAUGUCAGCGCGGAGCUGGAGGAGCGGACGCGCCGGGCGGUGGGCCUGGCGGCGGCGCGGGCGGACGCACCCCACGACCCGGCCAAGUGUGCCUCCACGCGUCCCGGUCCCUGCACAGCGGCUGACUCGGACGGGCCCGAUUUGUUCCUCGCGCGCCGCUGGCGCGGGCCUGCGCCGGUCGUGGCGCCGGGCGGAGGGGAGGAGUGGGCCGUCGAGAAGAUCGUCGAUGCGCGGCGCCGCGGCCGCGGAUGGCAGUACCGUGUGCGCUGGGCCGGCUACGAUGAGGACGACGACAGCUGGCUGCCGCGACGCGACCUCGAAGAUACGAAGGCGUUGGACGACUGGCUCGCGGUGCAUCCGCACUAA